UACAGCACAUUCCCAAUUAACGGCCUUUUACAAAGCUGUCAGUCGGGCAUGGGCUGAGCGUCCCUGGCGUUUCACAGCAAGAGAUCCGCGGCAAAGUGUUCAAACGGCUGAUGUUGCAACAAAGGACUUUUUCGCGUUUCACUCUCUGGCUGCCCGACGAUCUGACGCAAAUAACAAAGGAAAGCCGACGGAGAGAGGAAACCUAUUGAAAAUGUUUUCGAUUCUGCUGAUAGCAUUCGUUGUGACAGCGCUCGGCAACGGCGAGGAAAGGGAAGGUGUGGCAUUUAUCAUAGGGAAGCGCAUUGCGUUCCUCGCCAUAGCUCCGACGGAAAAGUAUAUAGACAUGGACGCCACGUUUCACUUGGUGUCCGGGAAGGAUAGUUACAAAUUCGAGUUCAAAUUCCGAUUCAGCGAUUUUCAGUUCACCGCCUCAGUCUCGGUGAAUGAAACCAGACAACUGACAUCACCAGACAGUGGAAUCGAGUGCAAGAAACUGUUGCUCGAGAUAACACUACUGGAACCCCAAGUAGUUCUUCUAUCUCUCUGUUGCCCGCGCAAAUUGGUCUUCUGGAAAUAUCUAUGUGUACAAACCCCGAAGAUGAAUUCUAUCAGCGAGAUGAGGUGGAAAUUCGACAAUAUUUACCGGAAAAGGUUGAAAGUGAUGGCGGCCUCGGUUGCCGGCGAAGGAUCUUCGGAAAUAAUCCUGAAGACAGGAAAUGUCGAGCAAAUUCUCAAUUCCACAAUAACGACGAACGUCAAGAACAGCCUUGAAAUACAAGAAUCUCUACAGGGUGAAGUGUCUCCUGAAAGUAACGGGUGCGUGAGUUUCCACUUCCGAGAGGAUAGCGUCUGUGAUGUCAGGAGGGAUGAUGAUUGUAAAGUGCUUGCUGAGAUAAUUACAAAGGACGUUGCAAAGUAUGGUUUUGGGCAGCAACGCUGGCUCUACCUCUUGACCUUGCUCCCCGUCGGCUUCAUCAUCCUAGCAUAUCUCUACCCCAAGGGUUACUUCAAGCCCUGCGUCCCCUAUUGCUUGGGUCACCGCAGCAGCUCCCCUGAAUGCGAGGGAACUCACAGCAACUCCGCCUACUCCUCCUUCGAGGGCCUCCAGAGCACCGACUUGCCUCGUCCUCAAGAGCCUGCCUUUCCUCACGGGAGUCUCCCUAGCGCUGACAGAGAGAGCAGGGAGAGCAUCAAUAGCGACUAUUUCAGAAUGAGCGACUUGGCCAGAUCCCCCGAGGCUCCGGCUGCUGGCGACUGCGAGGGUGACGCUGACUAUUCGCGCCUGCAGCACAUCACGAGGGUCCCUGUCUUGGAAGGGCACUAUGACAGCUGCUUGUAGAGGAGCCCCUGGGGGUGGAGUUCCUGC